GCAUCGACCAGGGUUUAAGUUUUUUUUGUUCUUUUUUAAUUUUUUGUUUUGAGAUAUGUCCAUUGAAAAAGUUUUUUUUCACCACUUUAGUUUCCCUAUUUAGGUUUAGGAUUUUCCUGCUUCAUGCUCCCUCAACUUGGCCUUAGUUGAGGGACCUUAGUUGUCUCUGGUUCUGCUUUCGCUGUUUUGUUAUCUGCAAUGCUCCACGGCGUCCUUAUCCUCUUGCUGUGUAAUAGGAUUCCGCUGACAGAUUGUGUUCGUGUGCGGUUCUGAACUCUACUGCCAUGAUCUUCUGAAGUUGACAUUACGAGGCAUCCUUUGUUUGUGGAAAAUUUCAGGAGAUUUUACUAGAUUGUGUUGGAAACAGCUUGACGAGGCGCAUUCAGCGGUCGAGAUAGUAGCGAGUUUUUGAGAAGGUUUUCUGUCUUGGAUGUGGUAGUGAAUUUUUUUGUGGAUUUAGAGUAGUUAAAUGGCGAUUUCCGUGGAGGCUGCAGCACGGACAUUGACGAGUGUGCAGCAAUUGCAGCAAACGCUACCACCCCCGUCAUCUCAGUUGCUCGCCCUAUCUCCGGCCGUCCGCGCUCGGUCUCACAGGAUUCGCCAUGGCUUGGUUUGUGGCUACUCCUCUAGAACAUUUUCUGCUUCAGAAAUAUCCUCUUCCAUGGCUCGACCAAUGCGAACGCAUCACGCCGAUUCUCUGAAGAAUAGCAGCAGCAGCAAGAUUUUGACAUCUUUGCAGAGUUGCACACCAUUCAACGGACACUUGCAGAGCCAAAGGGCAGGACAAAGAAAAAACCAUUCAAAUUUGGGUGUCAGAGCUGGUUCUAGGAGGGGAAUUGAUGCAGAUGAAGGCCAAGCUCUCGCUAUUCCUUUUUUGGGAAAAUUAAAAAUUCCUAGCUUUUCUGAAGUUGAGCAGAAUCUUUCUCAAGUAACUCCUAUACAGGCUGCGAAAUGGGUGUCAAUUGUAGCGGUUGCCUAUGCAAUUUUCUCCAAAGUUACAUGUUUAACCGUAUUUAAUCCCAAUUUCUGGAUGUACGCGAGUUGGCUUGGUGUGGUGUGGCCGUUGCCUGCAGCAGUCACUUUGGGAAUAUGGUCAGUAUUUGCAGCAACAAGACAAGCGAAGUCAGGAACCAAGGAGGGAGAGCAAAUCUUCAUUUUAGGUGGAGCCUUAGUUUGGUUGGUUCUGGUACCUCUUGCCCAUGCACACGGGUUCGUAGAUGGAUGGCCUAUGCUUCUCUUUACACUAUAUUACUUCUUCUUCAACAUAAGCGGUUUUGUCAGGGAUAGAAUGUAUGGAACUCUCAGCACUAUACCUGAAGAUAAGAAGUGGCGAAGCAGUCCUCAUCAGGCAAUUCAAAUUGCGUUCGUGAUGGCCAUUGUUGGGGGUCACUGGGCAGCAGCUUUCGAGGCUCCGUUUCUGGCACAUACGUGGAACUUGGCGUGGCAAUCUAAGCUGGCAGCGGCUUUUCUUGGACUUGCGGUGGUGGUUAACUGGAAUUCAAUUUAUUUCCUAGGAAAAUACUCCGACCGAUUAGUAAACCCGAAGACUGUCGUGAUGUUUGGGCCUUACAGAUGGGUGCGUCACCCCAUGUAUGCGAGCUAUAUGCUCCUGUGUGCUGGCUAUUGCCUUGCACUGCGGUCAUACUUUAGUCUCCUUUUCCUUGUUAUUUCGUGCAUUGCUUACUACGACCAGCGGACUAAGCUGGAAGAGAAGAACUUGGUAGAAGAGUUUGGAACAGCGUAUACAUCUUAUAGGGAGAAAACGAAGUAUAAAUUUUUGCCUUGGUUAUACUGAAUACAAACUUGUGAUUCAACAAGCACACAUUCAGAAUCGUGGUAUUCUAUUCCACUUCAUUCCCCCCAAA